AUGAAAGAUCAAUCCAAACGCGCUAAGUAUGUCAUUCCCCGUCCGCGCAACAAGUAUAACUUCUUCGUCGCUCUCUUCGUCGCCGUCGGUUCGCUAUGCUACGGCUAUGCCUCCUCCAUAUCCGCCGCCCUUAUCGGUCAGCCUUCAUGGUACGACUACAUGGGCCUCGAGGCCGGCAGCUCUUAUAGUCAAGCUAUUCUCGGCUUGAUCAAUGGUAUCUAUGCAGCUGGCGGCGCCGUAGGUUGUGUCUUCAACAUGUGGGCAUGUGAGGCACUGGGUCGGAAGAAGAGUAUACAGUUGGGAUGUGUGAUCUCGAUCGUAGGCGCGGCGAUCAUGACCGGUUCGAUCGAUAUCCCGAUGUUCGUGGUUUCCAGGUUUAUCAUGGGUUUUGGGAUUGGCAUCUUGGUCACGCUGGUCCCACUGUAUCAGAGUGAGGUGAGCCCGGCGGAGUCGAGAGGCUUAAUGGUCGGCUUGCAUGGGGUGUUGAUUGGCUUCAGCUACUCCAUGACUGGCUUUGUGACAUAUGGAUGCUACUUCGCGGCAUAUGGGCAGUUUCAGGCAUGUUGGCGGUUUCCUUUGAGCGUACAGCUCAUACCGUGCAUUGUACUAUUCAUCGGCAGUUUCUUUCUUCCAGAAAGCCCGCGCUGGCUUAUUGGCAAAGACCGAACAGACGAAGCGUGGAAGGUCACUUGCAGACUGCACCGUAGCAAGCACGACCCCGAAGAUACCUAUGCUCAUGCAGAAUAUGCACAAAUGAUGGCUCAGAUCACGUUCGAACGGCAGCAUAACGCUGUAGGCACCCUCGCGCAAGCUCGAUUGGCUUUCUCGCAGAAAUCAUUCCUGAGGCGUUUGGGCCUUGGCUUUCUCGUCCAGUUCGGGAACCAGUGCACUGGUGCACUCGUCAUCAACAACUACAAUGCUCAGCUCUUUGCCGGCCUCGGCAUCAAGGGCGGCACACCACUGCUUCUGCUCGGGUUCUUCAAUCUCCUCACUGUUCCCGGGAACCUCUUCAACGGCCUCUUCAUCGACCGCAUCGGGCGUCGCCGUUUCGUCAUCACCGGAUGCAUUGGAAUCCUGGUCUGCCUGUCCGGAGAGGCCGCCAUGACUGCCCAAUUCGUCGAGACUGGCUCGAACAACCAGAUUGGUCUCGGGUUCGGGGUCUUCUUCAUCUUCGCCUAUGUCGUCUUCUACAGCUCCUGUCUGGACGCAACCAUGUAUUUGAUUCCAUCGGAGAUCUUUCCGAUGGUGAUCAGGAGCUUCGGGAUGAGCUGGUCCAUCAUGGGCCAGUUUAUUGCUACGACUAUUUUGUUGGAGGCGGCGCCGACUGCGUUCAAGAAUAUCGGCUACAAAUUCUGGAUCAUUCUCAUCAUCUUGACUGUCAUAUAUGGUAUACUUGUGUACCUGUACCUGCCUGAGACCAAGGGCAUGACUCUCGAAGACAUCUCAGUCGUCUUUGGCGACCCUGUCGAGCUGAGCUUUGAGCAAGCGCUCCACAAGGAGAGCAGCGCGGCCGGAGUGCUCGACACUGAAGGCACCGCAGACGAGAAGACCAACAGUGCCCAUUUAGAAGCACUUCAGCCAGGCCACGAAAGGGAUGAGGUUAGCAGUACUUAG